AUGCCCAGCAACGAAUUGCUGUCUUCUACCAUCGCGGAGCUCGCCCCUCGCAUUCGCUCCGGCGAGGUGUCGCCCGUAGAGCUGACUGAGGCGGCACUGGCACAGGCAGAAGCGAUGCAGCCGUCCCUGAACACUUUCAUCACCCUCUUGCCCGAGCAGGCCCUAGAACAGGCCCGCGAGGAGGAGGCUGCCAUUGCACGCGGCGAAUACAAGGGGGCCCUGCAGGGCAUCCCCAUCGGCCUGAAGGACAACCUGGCGACUGCGGGCAUCCGGACAACUCUCGGCACCAAGGUGCUGCAGGAUUUUGUCCCUGACGAGGACGCGGAGGUUGCGAUUCGCUGCCGGGCAGCCGGCGCGAUUAUCCUGGGCAAGGAGAACAUGGAGGAAUUCGCCGCUGGCGCCACCUCCAACAACCCCCACUUCGGACCCGUGCGUAAUCCUUGGGGAACGGACCACAUUCCCGGCGGCUCCAGCGGAGGAGGAGGCGCCAACGUCGCUGCAGAGGUGACCUUCGCGUCCCUCGGAACCGACCUCGGCGGUUCGGUACGGCUCCCCGGCUCAUUCUGCGGAGUGGUCGGACUGAAACAGACCUUCGGACGUGUGAGCCAGCGGGGACUGCUGGUCACCAGCUUUAAUGGCGAUCACAUCGGCCCGAUGACCCGCUCAGUGGCCGACAGCGCCAUCGUGCUGCAGGCCAUAGCGGGACACGACCCGCUGGACCCAAGUUCAGUGCCGGUACCGGUGUCCGACUACUCCGCAGGACUGGCCCGCGGAGUGCGGGGACUCCGCAUGGGCGUCCCUUCCAACUACUACUUCGAGGACCUCGAACCCGAUGUGGAGGAAGCCACCCUGAGGGCAAUUGCGGCUUUGGAGGAACUGGGGGCGAUCUCGGUUCCGGUUGAACUCCCCAUGAUGAAGUACAUCGGGGCAGUGCGGAUGGCGGCAAUGUCCGACGCCAUCGUUACUCACGAGCCCUUCCUGCGGUCCAACCGAGACGACUACGGUCCGGAUGUUCUCUACCGCACCCUGGGCGGCCAGUUCGUCCUAGGCCAUCACUACUCCAAGGCCAUGAAGGCACAGCGACUAAUCCAGGAGGAUUACGCUCGCGUGCUGCAGGAUGUGGACUUCAUUGUGACUCCGACCACGCCGCUCUGUGCACCGCGCAUCGACGCCCCGUACAUUGAACACUUGGGCGAGACGCAUCGUGUCCGCGGGCCCGGGUCCGGGCUCGUUUCGCGCAACACCAGUCCGCUGAACGCCACCGGCCAUCCCGCCAUUACGGUCCCGAGUGGGCUGAACCACGCGGGAUUGCCCAUCGGCCUGCAGUUCAUAGCCGCCGGCUUCCGCGAAGACUUGCUCUUCCAGGUUGCGGCGUCUUACGAGGGCGUGUCCCCUUCCCAGGGUCGCCGCCCGCCCGUGCUUCAGGGUUAG